AUGGACCACCAGCACCAGCACCAGCACAAGCACCAGCAGUCCUCAGCACAGCGUCGGCGUCGAAACUUUGGUCCACCGCCCAAUGGCAGCCACCGUCCUCUCGAACGCCAACAAAUCCACCCUCGGGUUGAGCAUGAUCUCGGCAUGACUACUUCACGCAGACCGUCCGAACCCGCCGCCGCCGCUGCCGUGAAUCGGUCCUCUGCACCUGCUCGCGAACGAGAUAGAGAAAGAGAGCGAGACAGGAAACAGCAACACCAGCAACACCAGCACCAGCACCGCCAUCCUCCCUCACCAUUGCCGAAUCCGAACCUUCCACCACCACCACCGCCGCCGCCACCUCCCCCUCCCCGAGGCCGUUCCCCGCAGUCAUCAAAGUCUGAAUAUCCCCAUCGCCGUCGCGACCGGAGCCGCAGCACCGAUUACCGCCCCAGUCGUUCCUCUCGCCCAUCUCAGCGUUCGCCCCAUAGCCGUCGAGACCGUUCCCGCGAGCGUGACCGUGAUCGUGGCCGUGACCGCGAACCAGCCCGCUCCCGCGAUCGCCAUCCACCGGCGGACCGCCACCGUUCACGGGAAAGGUCUUCCAGGUCUAGGAAAGACGCUCGCGAUCGUCAGGGUUCUCGCUCUCGCCGGCGUGCAUCGCGUUCCCCAGCAUCCGUGAAGCGUCCGCGCAGCCCCAGUCCAUCAUCCAUUGGAGGGUCGCAGCCGAAGAAGUCCCGGCGGGACCGUAGCCCAGGAAGGGCAGAGAAGGACGCGCCGAAAUCUCUGCCACCAAAGCCCGCACGUCGUGAUCCGUCACCAGCAUCCCGUGCCCGUCGUUCAAGGUCUCCGGAAGGCCGUGACCAUCGGCGGCCAAAGACUAGCAAACGGACAGGACGGUCAAGGUCACCGAGUGCGUCUCGCCGGCGGAGAUCCCGGUCUCGUGGAGCGGAAACUGCUGCGUCCCAAUCAACACGUCGACGUAGCAGGUCCCGUCAGCGAUCUCCCCGCGCAGAGCACCGACGUCGGUCGGGAUCCAGAUCGCGCCCUCGUAGUCCAGCUGCGCGGGGUGCUAGGAGGCCCCCUUCUGUUGAUACUGGGUCGCACCGCAAGCCCAGCUUCGAUCUGAACUCUACUCGGACGCCACACGGAGCCUUACCCCCCGGUUCUCCGCGUGAUUCGAGAGCAGCUAACCCUACUAAAAGCGAAGCCCCCACCGACGAGUCUAACAAGACCUCUGGCAAGUUUGAUCCAUCGUCUGGUUCCAACAGCAUCGAGGUCAGCAUGGGAACAAGGGGCAAUUACCGCGGCGGUUUCAAUCCCCAACAACAGAACUAUCCUCCCCGCGGUGGCUACGGCCAGUCUUCGGGGCAAGGGACACCUGCAUCAUCCUUUCACGGCUCUCCGCCAGCACAGUCACCGUAUGCUGGAAGCGGACGAGGAUGGAAUGGUGCACAGCAGUUUUCACCGCCAGGGUCAGUCCGGCGCCCCAAGAAUGCAGUGCUCGCUAACUCACACGGCAACAGCCAAUAUUCCCAGCCAUAUCCACACAACAAUUAUGGGCCGCCUACCGGUCCUCAGAAUCAUUAUCAUUCCAAUCAGACACAGACUCCGCCAUACGCACCCACAGGCCCAGCAUCUCAGUAUCCUGCGGGCUCAUAUCGUGGUGGGCACAGAGGCGGACCUGGGGGGUUCCGGGGUGGUGCAUUCGGUGGUGGCCGUGGGGCACCGCGCGGUGGCUUCAAGAGUGCAUGGAACUCAUCCCACCCCGAUGGACGGACCUCGGAUCCAUCCCACACCAGCAAUCAUCAGUCUCCAGAGGCUCAUGACAAGUCAGAGGCGAAAGAUGUGUUGAUGCAGGAUGCUGAUAACCCCUUCAGGCCAUCUAAAGAAUUGCAGGUUGAAGACGCAAGCAAGGAGGACAAGUCGAAAGAUGACAAGAUGGCUCCUCCGGCAAGCCGUGCUCCGCCGACUGGGCCCCAGUCCCAGACACCCAACAAGUUCAGCUUCAGCAUGAAGACUGCGUCAAAGCCGGUCGUGGCAGUUCCACGGCCCGAGAUAUCGAUCAAGUUUAACGCUCCUGCUGCCCCACGAGAGCCAACUGCUGCUUCCAAUCCUCUUCAGAGAGCACCCCCUACGAAGCCCGAGCGAGACAGAGAGCGAGAACGGGAUAGAGAUAGGGACAGGGACAGGGAGAGGGAUCGAGAUCGAGAUAGGGACAGGGACCGAGAUAGGGACAGGGACCGAGAUAGGGAUCGGGAUAGAGAUAGGGACAGAUCCGGAUAUCCCAGAAAUGCUCCCACUGAGCCUGCCUCGGCCCGCUCUCGCCCGAACGACCACCGCAGACCUCACGACCUGCCUAGCAGGCAACCAGAUCCCACGCCCAAGACACGCAAAGUGAAGAAGAUGAUGAAGCGUCUCAAGGAGAAGCCAAAGCUCCCAGAAGAUCUGGCGCGGUCCAAGUCGGUGUUCUUCCGCAGACCAGGUAACGAGUCGGUGGUCGGGUCGGGCACAUACGGCAAGGUGUUUAAGGGGGUAAACGUCUACACCAAGAAGCUCGUGGCGCUCAAGCGGAUCCGUAUGGAGGGUGAACGCGACGGUUUUCCCGUCACGGCAGUGCGAGAAAUCAAACUUCUCCGCUCGCUCAAGCACACCAAUGUGGUUGAGCUGCAAGAAGUCAUGGUCGAGUCGAACGAGUGCUUCAUGGUGUUUGAGUACCUCUCGCACGACCUGACGGGUCUGCUGAACCACCCCAACUACACCCUGGAGCCGGCUCACAAGAAGCACCUGGCCAGACAGCUGUUUGAGGGGUUGGAUUACCUGCACACGAGGGGGGUCCUGCACAGGGACAUCAAAGCGGCGAACAUCUUGGUUUCUAACGAGGGCGUCUUGAAGCUGGCCGACUUUGGACUGGCGCGGUUCUAUGCCAAGCACCACCAGCUCGACUACACCAACCGUGUCAUCACCAUUUGGUACCGGUCCCCGGAGCUGUUGCUGGGGGAGACGCAGUAUGGUCCCGCGGUGGAUAUCUGGUCUGCGGCGUGCGUGCUGGUGGAGAUUUUUACCAAGAGGGCGAUUUUUCCUGGGGAUGGGAGUGAGAUUAAUCAGCUGGACAAGAUACACUCUGUGCUGGGGACGCCGACGAGGUCGGAGUGGCCGGAUAUUGUGGAGAUGCCGUGGUUUGAGCUGCUGAGGCCGACGGUGAGGAUGGCGAGCCAGUUUGAGGAGAGGUACAAGGGGGUUGUGACGCCGAUGGCGUAUGAGCUGUUGAGGAGCAUGUUUAGGUAUGAUCCGAAGAAGAGGCCGAGCGCGGGGGAGGUGUUGAGGCAUGGGUAUUUUACUGAGGAGGAGCCAGAGGCUAGGCAGGCGGUUGAGUAUGUCCCCCCCAUUUGCAGCGUUUUUUUUUUGUGA